AGCUUCAUUCCGGAAGUGAAAAGUUUCCUCUUUAAGCGGAGUCUAUCACUUCCGGUAGGUGAGAGUUGACAAACAGAAAUGGCGGACAUGGACGAGUUGUUCGGCAGCGAUGGCGACAGCGACAAUGAGCAGCGAGAGUCUGGCACCGGCUCGGGUUCCGACUCGGAGCAGGAGCGAGCGGGUACCGCCAGCAACCCUUCUGGCAGCGGCAGUGACAGCGAGCGAGGUCAAGAGGACCACGAGGACGGCAAAGCCAGCAUGAAUAAGGAGUUGUUUGGAGAUGACAGUGAGGAGGAGGAGGCCCACAGUGAUCAUCAGUCAGAUGGCAGCAUGCCCUCUGACCACCAACACUCUGAUGUGGAACAACAACACAGCGGCUCAGAGCGCGGGCAUGUAGACGAUGACGACGAGGACGUUGGGGCGCAGCACUCAGACGGUGGAAGCCCAGUAGGAAGUGGGAUGUCUGCAGCAGGAAGUGGGAUGUCUGCAGCAGGAAGUGGGAUGUCUGCAGCAGGAAGUCCUCGCUCUGACAGGGGCAGUGUCCGCUCUGAUAGAAGUGACCUGGGAACUCCUCAGUCGGCUGCAGCUACACCGCACUCUGAUGGAGAAGACAAUCAUUCAGACCAGGACAAGUGGGAGGGCCUUGCUAAGAGCGACCAAUCAGAUGAGGAAGGGGAAAAGCAACGUUACUCGGAUGAAGAGAGGGAGCACUCUGACCACCAGCGUCCUGCCAGCAGGAAGUCAGCUACUCCUAAUGAAUCUGUAAAAGGGAGCGACAGUGAAGAAGAUUUCCUUCAAAGGAAAAGCAAAACAAAACUUGCUUCAGACUCUGAUUCUGACAGUGAUGUCAACACCAAUGACAACAAGAAAAGUGUGGCAGAUGAUCUGUUUGGGGAGGCAGAUGACAUUUCUUCUGACAGUGAUGCUGACAAACCCCCCACCCCUGGACAGCCUGGGGAUGCAGAGGAUGGCGUGGAGGGCGAGCAGGCUGAGGAGGAGCCUGUGCCUGAGACUCGUAUCGAAGUAGAGAUUCCCAAAGUCAGCACUGAUCUUGGAUCAGACCUUUAUUUUGUUAAGCUGCCCAACUUCCUGUCUGUGGAGCCCAGACCUUUUGACCCGCAGUACUAUGAGGAUGAAUUUGAGGAUGAGGAAAUGCUGGAUGAAGAAGGACGCACCAGACUCAAACUGAAGGUGGAAAACACCAUCAGGUGGAGAGUCAAGCGAGACGAAGAAGGAAACGAAGCACGUGAGAGUAACGCACGUAUCGUCAAAUGGUCAGAUGGAAGCAUGUCCCUCCACCUAGGAAAUGAAGUGUUUGACGUCUACAAAGCUCCUCUGCAGGGAGACCACAACCACUUGUUCAUCCGUCAGGGAACUGGACUACAAGGACAAGCUGUGUUCAAAACCAAGCUCACCUUCAGGCCUCACUCCACUGACAGCGCCACACACAGGAAGAUGACCUUGUCCUUGGCAGACCGUUGUUCCAAGACCCAGAAGAUCCGAAUCCUGCCAAUGGCUGGACGGGACCCUGAGUCCCAGCGUAAUGAGAUGAUUAAGAAAGAAGAGGAGCGCCUGCGAGCGUCUAUCCGCAGAGAGUCCCAGCAGAGGAGGAUGAGGGAGAAGCAGCACCAGAGAGGUUUGAGCAGCAGCUACUUGGAGCCUGAUCGCUAUGACGACGAGGAGGAGGGUGAGGAGGCCAUCAGCUUGGCGGCCAUUAAGAGCAAAUACAAAGGAGGCGGCGGCUUGAGAGAGGAGCGAGCAAGAAUCUACUCUUCAGACAGUGAUGAAGGUUCUGAUGACGACAAGACCCAGAGACUGAUGAAGGCCAAGAAGUUGGACAGUGAUGAGGAGGGUGAGGGCUCAGGCAAGCGAAAGGCAGAGGAUGAUGAUGAUGAUGAUGAAGAUGAAGAAAUGUCCACCAAGAAGGCCAAGAAAUAUGUCAUCAGUGAUGAUGAGGAAGAGGAGGAGGAGGAGGAAGAUGAGGUGGAAUAAUUGCCUUUGUUUACUGAACUAUUAGUCCUACAUGACUAUUAUUACUGAACUACCAUCCUAUGUGACUAUUAUUACUGGACUACCAUCCUACGUGACUAUUAUUACUGAAUGACCAUCCUACGUGACUAUUAUUACUGAAUGACCAUCCUACGUGACUAUUAUUACUGAACUACCAUCCUACGUGACUAUUAUUACUGAACUACCAUCCUACGUGACUAUUAUUACUGAACUACCAUCCUACGUGACUAUUAUUACUGAACUACCAUCCUACGUGACUAUUAUUACUGAAUGACCAUCCUACGUGACUAUUAUUACUGAAUGACCAUCCUACGUGACUAUUAUUACUGAAUGACCAUCCUACGUGACUAUUAUUACUGAAUGACCAUCCUACGUGACUA